AUGCCUCACGCAAUACAAGACUUAGAGCCCAUCGCCAUCAUUGGCAUGGCCUGUAGGUUUCCAGGUGGAGCCAACAGUCCCGAAGAACUAUGGCAAAUGCUUGCAGAUGGAAGAACAGGCUGGUCGGAAAUCCCAGCCGACCGCUAUACGUGGAGGUCUUUCCACCACCCGGAUCCUAAUUCCGAAGCUGCACACAACCAAAAGGGCGGUGGCUACAUCGACCGUGACCUCGCUGCCUUCGAUGCUGCAUUUUUUAACAUUCCUGCCGCAGAGGCGAAUGGGCUAGAUCCCCAGCAGAGAAUCCAUCUGGAAACAGCUUAUGAAGCACUAGAGAGCGCCGGUUUGCCGCUAGAUAGUGUCUGUGACUCCAGGACAUCAGUUCAUGUGGCGACUGUCAGUCGAGACUACGACCGCAACGCCUAUCGAGACCCGCAAGAUCUGGCGAAAUAUCAGCUUACUGGUUGUGGAGAGGCGAUUACAUCCGGACGAGUUUCAUAUACAUUCGACCUGAGGGGGCCCUGUUUCUCACUAGAUACCGGCUGCUCGGGGAGCUUGGUGGGCCUCCAUCUUGCUGUGCAAGGACUCCGAUCGAGGGAGACAGAUAUGGCACUUGUGGGCGGCACGAACCUACUCCUUUCGCCAGACAUGACCAUUGCUAUGAGCAAGCUGCAUAUGCUGAACGAUGAUGGUAAAUGCUACGCCUUUGAUGGCCGCGGGAAGGGCUACGCGCGAUCCGAAGGCGUAUCUACAAUUGUGCUUAAGCGCUUGUCCGAUGCCCUCGAUGCUGGAGACCCAAUUCGGGCCAUCGUCCGCAAUACUGGCAUCAACCAAGAUGGCAAGACAAAUGGGAUUAUUCUUCCCAACUCGCAAGCACAGGAAGACCUGAUGCGGUCGAUACACUUGGAUGCCGGGUUGAACCCGAGCAUGACUAGCUACGUUGAGGCUCACGGCACGGGAACACAAGCUGGAGAUAAUGCCGAGAUCAACUCAAUUUCCAAGGUAUUCUGCGAUGGCAUCGAGAGAAGCCAGCCACUCUUGGUCGGAUCAGUCAAGGCAAAUUUAGGACACUGCGAGAGUGCAAGCGGCUUAGCAGGUCUGAUAAAGACGGUUCUAGCACUGGAGAAGGGCUUUAUUCCAGCGACCCCAGACCUGCUCAAUGUAAAAGAGGGCCUUGAUCUGGCAAAACGGAAUAUUCGGAUUCCGCAGUGUCUCGAAGAAUGGUCAACAGCGGGGCUGCGACGGGCGGCAAUUAAUUCAUUCGGCUACGGCGGGACAAACGUCGCAGCAAUCUUAGACGCCUUUCAGCCCAAUCAACGAAGCAAUGGUGCCAAUGCCCAUGAUGACAUCCACGGAGCGAUUGGUAUCAAUGGAGCGCAUAACAAAUGUACUCUCUUCGUCGUCUCAGCGAAGUCCCCUAAGUCCUUGGUCAGCAGCCUCAACAAUCUGAAGCAAUGGGUUGGCUCCCAGCUGCAUCUCCCCUCAGAAAAGUUCCACCGACUGGCAUACACACUGUCAGAGCGGCGCUCCAAAUUCCCCGUCCGUACAAGCUUUGUUGCCAGCACAGUGGAGAAUUUUCUCGCCGCCGCCUCGAGCGCAAUUGAUAGACAACCGGGAAGGGCAGCGAGCAAGCCUAAACUCACUCUGAUCUUCACUGGCCAGGGAGCACAGUGGCAUGCGAUGGGCCGUGAACUUCUUCAUACGCAGUCCAGCUUCGCCAGUUCCAUGCGGGAGUCAGAAGAGAUACUCAGGAACCUGGGUGUCGAAUGGAGCCUGAUUGAGAUGUUAGCUCGUGAUCAAGCCACAUCUCGGAUAAAUGAGUGUGAGAUAUCACAGCCCGCUACGACAGCCCUUCAGAUCGCGUUAGUCGAUCUCCUAAAGAGUUUCUCGGUUCACCCAGACUCUGUAGUUGGACAUUCCAGUGGUGAGAUAGCGGCUGCGUAUGCCGUUGGUGCGCUGUCACAUUCUGGGGCUCUGUACGCUUCCUUUCAUCGCAGCAAAGUCUCCCAUUUAGUUAAGCAGGUAAUCAGCACGCCUGGUGGGAUGCUUGUCACGACCCUCAACGAAACCACCGCGUAUAGUUACAUCAACCGUAUUGGCAGAAAGCGGUUAUCACUAGCUUGUAUAAAUAGCCCAAGCAGCACGACAAUCUCAGGCGACAUGGAUGCUCUCAAUAAUUUGAAAGCGCUCCUGGAUCGCGAGUCUAUCCAGGCAAAGCUACUGUCGGUCGAUGUGGCGUAUCAUUCGCACCACAUGAAGGCUGUGGAAGAUCAGUAUCUGAACGCGCUACAGGGUUUGGAAACGUUCGAGGCCUGUGAGGACAUCCAGUUCUUCUCAUCCGUAACUGGUGAGCUGAAGGUGUCUGGCUUCGGUCCUCACUACUGGGUGCAGAAUCUCGUGUCCACGGUGCGAUUUUCAGAUGCUUUAUUGGCAUCCUGUGGAGGUUCAGGGCUACGACCUACGUCUCGCGUGAUUAUGGAGGUCGGUCCUCAUUCAGCGCUCGCAGGACCUACAAAGCAAACCCUGACGUCGGGACCGAACAAGUUCGAUCACAAGUACGCAUCCGCCCUUGUCCGCGACAACAACGCGUACUCGACCGUCCUCAAACUCGCCGGGAAACUAUUCGAGUUGGGCAUAGAUGUUGAUAUUGAGGCUGUAAACUCAAUGAACGGCGGUGCAAAAAUGCAUAAUAUGGUCCUCGACCUACCCCCCUAUGCAUGGGACUAUUCCAAUCAAUACUGGCACGAAUCGCGGCUAAGCAAGGAAUACCGCUUCCGAAAAUAUCCUUACCAUGAGCUUCUAGGCUUAAGGCUCAUUGGAAGCACCCCGCUGGAACCUCUCUGGAGAAACAUCCUCAGCAUCGACGCGCAGCCCUGGCUGUCAGAGCAUGUCAUUGAUGGUUUCGCUAUUCUUCCAGGCUCGAGCUUUCUCACAAUGGCCAUGGAAGCAGCACGUCAGCUAAACGACGAAAGGGGCGCUCGCAAGAUCAAGCGGUUUCAAUUGAAGCAAGUGAACUAUUCCAAGGCCAUCAUGAUCCCCGAGUCUCCUGGCAAAGUUGAGGUCAUGAUAAGCUUUUCGGCACUAUCUGCCCAUGGCACCAGUUCAUCCCAAUCAUCGAACUGGGAGAGGUUUCAGAUCACGUCUUCAGCAGACGCACAGACAUGGAGUCUAAACUGUGUGGGGCUUAUCAGGCUCGAACCCGAAACCGAACGGAACGAGGUUGACGGAGGCCGUGAAGAACUGCAAGGACUGUCCGAUCUGCGGAAUCGCUUGCAGCAGACCAGGGAAACCUGCACACAGCCCAUCGAUCACAAUGCGCUAUACGAGGAAAUGCGCCGCAAUGGGAUCGACUACGGUAAUAAUUUCGCGACGAUCAAGGAGCUACUCAUCGGCGAAUGCCAGGCGCUCGGGAAAGUUGUCAUCCCUGACGUAGCGCAGUGUAUGCCGUCCCGAUAUCAACAGCCGCAUACUAUCCACCCGGCAACGUUUGAUGCGCUGAUGCACAUCGUUCUGCCAUUGUACUUCCGCCACUGCACUGUUGGCACGGCAAUGCUGACUUCCAUUGAGGAAGUUACUGUUACGGCUGAUAUCACGACUAAACCUGGAAGUCAACUUGAUGUAUGCGCUGCUCUCUCACCCUCAGGGCCACGGUCCGGUUCAGUUGAUGUCGCUGCUUUUCAGAAGGAUGGGGAUGAAACCAUACCCGUAGUCGUCCUGCGCGGCCAGAAAUUCCAAGGUAUCGCAACUAGCGUAUCGUCUGCGCCAACAACAUAUAUUUCACGUCCGUUGCACAGGGUCCAGGAACCACUCAAGAUGACUAUCGCCACGCCAGGAGUAGUGAGUAGCCUAUGCUUUGUCGCGGACGAAAUUGCACGAGCUCCUUUGCGACCGGACGAAGUCGAGAUCAAGGCUCUGGCAUUCGGGUUAGAUGUUGGAGACGUGGAUGUGAUCCUUGGCAGAAGCGGAGACUCCGUGAGCAUUGGGGAGUGCGCGGGGACCAUCACUGCCGUGGGGUCUGCCUUGACGCACUCUUUUCAGAUCGGCGAACGAGUUUGCGCCUGGAACACCAGUGUUGUCUUUGCCAGUAGGACACGAGUAAAAAGCGCUUUCGUGCAGAAGAUCCCAGUAUCAUGGUCUUUCAAACUCGCCGCGGCUCUUCCGCGGAACAUUUCGCUCGCUUAUCACUGCUUACGUUCCUGUGCUCAGGUUGAAUCCGGGCAGAUUGUGUUGGUUCAUAACGCAGGUGGUGCUCUUGGACAUGCGGUGGGACUUGUUGCAAAUAUUCUUGGCGUCCGGGUGGUGGCAACGGUCAGGACAAAAGCAGAGAAACAUGCUCUACAGUCUUUCACCGCUAUACGGGCAGCUCAUAUCCUCUAUUCGGAAGACGUGGCACUUCCAAAGGCUUUAUUACGUUUAACCGAAGGUGCAGGUGUUGAUGUACUGUUCAACGCUUCAUCUACAGCGCUUCCCGUCGACUUGGCCGUAUCAGUAAAGGCAUUCGGCACAGUUGUUGAUCUUAGCCAACAGUCCACAUCCUUCGCGAUCGCAGAUCGCGCUACCAAAUACAUAUCCUUAGAUAUGGUGCAACUUCUAAGACACAUUCCUACCCAGGCAAGCGCAGCGUUCAAGACCGUACUAUCGUUGCUACCAGAUGGCGACGUGAACGAUCUGGUGCCUCUGAGUGCAGUGCCUAUAUCCGAUGUCGCAUCCGCAUUCAAGGCUGUGCAAGAUCACAAGAACGUUGGGAAAACGGUGUUGCUCGCGGGAGAAGAUGCAGUCGUCAAUGUUCAAGAAGCUGUCGCGUCGACAACUCUCCUCACAAAUGUCGAUCGCAUCAUCAAAGCCGUCAACGAGCUCUCUGUGUCGCAAGACCAAAAGCAGCUUUUACUUGAUUUAAUCAGUCAUCCUGGUACGGCCGCGGCUGAUGCAGCAUCUGCCGUCAAGAGCAGCGGGGCCUCCUUAUCAACCUCCAGCGGGAGGAUGGGAGUAGGACGGCGCCUCGAAGCUACUACAAGCCUGCAAGAAGCUCGGACAAUCAUUCUAGAGGAGCAGAUCAAGAAAGUAUCCUCUCUUGUAUCUGUCAAUGCACAGCAGCUGGACCUCAAUGAAUCUCUAGCUGACCUCGGCCUUGAUUCUUUGAUUGCGAUAGAAUUCAAGAAUUGGCUCGCACAGAGUCUGGGAGCCGAUGUUAGAGUCCACGACAUUCUUGAUGCCAAUAAUCUGGGAGAACUAGCUGAUCUAAUGGCACAACGAUCCAAAUUCGUUCCGGGUGGGUUGCCAGAGAGGUCUGGUAAGACUCUCUCGCUCAAACAGGUUGACGAGCGGCAACUGCCAUCGAGUGGAGGACAAGAGGCAUCGAAACUCCAGCAGAGCGACACCGGCAUUGCAAUCGCGGCGAACAAUAACGCAACCCAUUCAACCAACUUGACGAAAAACGAUCAGCUACAGCCAUCAAACCAGGGACAUUGCUCGACAGCUAAUAAUCGUCCGAAAUUUCCCUUGCCUCCGUUAGAUGCAAUACUAGAUGCCUACCUUACCGGUGUCAAAGCUUUCGCAACCCCGGAAGAAUUCGAGAACACCGCUCGUCUCGCUAAAGAAUUCAAAAAACCAGGCAGCAAGGGAGCCCGCCUCUACGAUCUCGCCGUAGCUCGACACACAGACCCGGAUUGCGAAAACUGGGAGCAUGAACUGCAACUCCAUGCUGGUUUCCUCGAUCGCAGGUCACAGCUCGUUUGGUCUAACUUCUGGUUCAGUCAUCCACUCAGCAAGCGUCAGCAUUCACAAGCCGAGCGCGCUGCUCUGCUUACGUUGACGGCGACCCAAUUCAAAUUGAGGCUAGAGGCGGGAUUGGUCAAGCCCAUGGUGCUUAAUGAGCAGGAGCUGACGACUGCGUAUCGUCCAUACAUCUUCAACAGUGUACGGAUACCGCGCGUUGGCAGUGAUGAAAUCCAAAGGGACCCAAGUGCCAAGUAUUGCGUGGUAUUUUGGCGGGGGCAUGCAUUCCAAUUAGAUCUUCUUGUGGGAGGUCAGCCGGCGGCGUUGAUUGACUACUUUCAAGCGUUCCGCUCCAUCUUAAGUCAAGACCUAGACCGCUCCAACUUGCCAAUAUUCACAUCGGACUACAGACCCUCAUGGGAUGAGGCAAGGGACGAGCUUCGGCGAUUGGAUCCAGUGAAUGCUGCCAGCAUCGCCACCAUUGAAUCAUCGGCUUUCAUCGUGGCGUUGGACGAAGCUACGCCUUUGACGGCAACCGAGCGAGCAAGGCAGUUCCAUUUCGGAGGCCACAAAGAUGCUGCAAACCGCUGGCAGGAUAAGUCUAUCCAGUUCGUAGUUUGCAGCAACGGGGCGUCCGGUUUUAUCGGUGAGCACAGCAUGCUGGACGCUCUGACGCUCACUGAGCUUCUGGAUGAUCAAGCGACAGCCAUCCGCAGCCAUGCUCCACUGGACGACGCGGUUAUUCCUGAAUACCCAGCCCUCACUCCUAUGUACCUGCCCCUCGAGACCAAUUCAGCACUCGAAACGCGUAUUCUCAAUGUUCAAAGGCAGUACGCAGAGACGACAGAAGACGCGGAACACGCAUACCUACUCUUUGAAGGCUACGGCUCAGCCUUCUUACGGGCGCACAAACUGUCCCCGAAGAGCGUCUUCCAGAUGGUCGUCCAGCUAGCCGCUCUGGCCACAUUUGGCUUCACGCCUCCAUGUUGGGAGACGGUCAACCAAGCACACUACCAUCUCGGUCGCGUCGACAUUAUCCAGGUGAUAGUGCCCGCAGUCGCGCGCUUUAUUCAAGCCGCCGGGGACUCCUCCAUUCAACUGUCUAAGCGCCGCGUUCUUCUAAUCGAAGCGAUCCGCGCGCAUGUGAACACGAUCAACAAAGCUGGACGCAACCUCGGAUGGGAGCGCAAUCUAACCGCUUUAAAGACACUAGCAGUGACUCCAGAAGACGUUCCUGAGCUAUACCGAGACCCUGUAUACAAUAAAGUGCGGCCUCGGCUCCUAACUAGCCACUGCUUCGAGACAGGAAUGAUGGAGAAGGGGCACAUUUGGAGGGAUCCCAAGGCCAUCUGGUCACACUAUGAGGUCUAUGAUCAGAGUGUGUACUUUUCUGUUGUCACUCUGGAGACCCAUCGUGCAAGUCGCUUCUGUAAGAAUCUGGAAGAGGCGGCGGGGCUGAUGAAAGAAAUUAUUGCUGCAGCAGAGAAUUGAUAACUCCGUAUGAUCCACGAUUCCGCGAGGAUGGAAUUGACGGACUGGGGCAAAUAAUGAUGACCGUGUGGAAUAGAUGCAGUUGGUGGUGAGACAACGGAGACACGCAUGAUAAAACCACCCGGUUACUUGAG